AUGCCACCCUUACGCCAUUCCAUCUCGCAGCUAUUUGCGCCGCAUCCAGCGUUUGCUCUUCGAAGCUCCCAAUCGCACGAACAAUCGCUUUAUACAGCUCCUUCCGCACCUCCAAAUAACGACGAGAUGAUUCCUUCAUUGCAGCCAAAAAGACCAACCGUCCCAAUUUCCACUAUACCUCCCAAUCCACCUACAACUUCAAUGUCUCCACCUACCUACCAAUCAGAAUCUCCCUUCCCUACCGCGUCUCCAUCCUUUUGCGCUCCCUCAUUCCCCACCACAGCUCCAGUUCCUCCCCGCACCCAAAUUGAAGCUUUGCCACCCCACGCAACACCCUUACAAACAACAGAUUCAAUCUCACCCUUCCUACACUUAACCCACAGAAAUGGCAAAUUCAUUCUUGAUUCCGCAAAACGACAUCCAGUGUUCUUCACAGAUAGAUUGAGGAAAGCGCCUACGGGCGUGGAAGCAAAUGAUUAUGAGUUUGAGGAUUGGAAGGCGGGAAGUCCAGUUGCGAGUGGGUAUGUGUACGAAAGUGGUGAAGUUCAAGAAAGAGAAGCAAAGUUGUGA